AUUAUUAUAAUAAUGGUAAUAAUAGAUUUAUCUGUAAGGAGCUUUUUAGGUCAUUAAAUCAACAAAGUGCUUUGUAGGAUUAAAACUAAAACUGAGAAUAAAACAAGGGUGUGAAAUCAAUACAGAAUAAAAUGUAAUUAAAAAGUAAAAUAGAAAUGAUUGAAAAUUAGAAAAAUAAAAUACAUAAAAACAAACUCAGAAUAUAUUAAUAAACACAAAAACUUAAUUUUGUUCAUUGAGUUAUUUUGAAGUCUAAUAAUCAAUUCAUGACGUGAAACGUUGAAUAAUACAUUUUUCAGCAAAACUUCCGUUUCCAGCUUCUGAAAUAUGAAUGUUUUUAGGAAAGUAAAGUGAAAAUCUAACAUUUAUCUAUAACUAUUGAUUAAUGAAUUGAGUAAAUAGUUUAUUAAUUAAUUCUGGAUUAAUCUCUCCUUUUUUACAAAAAACUCUUUUUUUAAUUGAACAAAAGAACCAAAGUUGUUACAUAUUGACACAGACUCGUACUCACCUGUGCUCUUGUGUUUCUCAGGUAACUCUACAGAAACAGCCACCGUGGAUGAAAACACUCACGAGUUCUUCACCGAGUUAACAGAGCCGGGAACGUACCGAGUCCAGGUCACCACGCUGAGCUCGUCUGGAGACUGUGAGGCCCGAGAGAGCGCCGCCGACACCGGCUUCACCUUCUACCUCAGUCCUGGUGGUGAGUUGCUGGAGGAUCUCCGUGAGCGUCCUCAGGCCGUCAGCGUCAGACUGCUGGACUCGAGCACCGCCGUGGUCUCCUGGACGCCGUCCUCAGAGGACCACAACGGCAGCCUGGUGUCGGUGGUUUCUACCACCUGCCUCAGACCGAGUCUCAGCCAGAGGAUGGAGAGCACGUACUGCAGCGAGGAAAACUCAACGAGUGACAUCAUCAGUAGCCUGACCCCCGGAGCUCAGUACAGAGUGGUCGUCUAUCACACCAACGGACCACUGACGAGUCCUCCGUCUGAGCCCGUCAUCAUCGACAUCGAGCCCACAGGUGUGCUGCAGCUGGCCGUCUACCCUCUGAGUCCUACAGCAGUGAUCCUGAGCUGGCAGCGUCCGUAUCACGUCUCCUUCAGGAAGUUCGUCCUUCAGACGUUCUUCUUCAACCCGGUGACGCUGAGCUCAGAGUGGACGACGUACUACGAGAUCUCUGCUACGGCCUCAGUCAUCGCCUCUGUGAGGGUCACAGAUCUGCUGCCCGCUUGGUAUUAUAACUUCCGUGUUGCCAUGGUGACAUGGGGCGACCCGCCACUCAGCUGCUGCGACAGCUCGACGGUGAGCUUCAUCACAGCUCCUGAGGCUCCUCACAUCUCCUCGGUGGACUACUCUCAUGGCGUCCUCUUCGUCCGGUGGACGUACGGUGAGCUCUUCAUCGACUUGUCCCACUCCAGGAUGCUUCACUGGCAGCUGGUCGCCGUCGGGAAGAAAGGACCAGAGAGGAGCUACUCCAUCGACGUGAGACCAUUAUUCAUUUAUUUCAUUAGUUCAUUAUUCAUUAGUUCAUUAAUUCAUUAGUUCAUUA